AUGGCGGUUCUGAACCUGAGAAAUGAGAUGAGGCAAACAUCUCAUCAGAGUUUCUACCUAAGCCCAUCUCCACUCUUCAUUAGGCCAUCAAAGUUCUCCCCUCCCAGAUAUCCCGGUAUUUCACCCACCACAGAGACCUAUAAGAGUGAUCUCUCCCCAAUCCCCCUUUCCCUUCCAAAUCACCCCAUUCCUUCCCCUUGUCCGAAGCCCAUCUGGAUAAUCGAGCUGAACAGACUACAGCUUCAUCACAGGUCUCUGUCCAGGACUGACUGGCAGGUAUGACACCUGCCUGUGCAAGUGAAGCAGGAACCUCAGUCCUCCCCCAUAUGGCCUCCAUCUCCUCUCCUGCUCCACCCUCCAUACUUCUCCCCUCUCCACCACAGCCUACUGCCAUACCCCAUUUUUCGUGCCCAGGCCCGUCAUGCACUCGCUCCGGGCGCUUUCUAUCCUAGAGAGGAUCUCCGCUCUGGGAAUGCAGCCGAGGAUGGACCUCCUCACAUCGAGGCACCCAGCUCAGAGAAGCUCAGCCUCAACAUGCAUGUGGAUGACAGCUAUUACGUGGAUGUGGGAGGUGAUCAGAAGCGAUGGAAGUGUCGAAUGUGCGAGAAGUCCUACACUUCCAAGUACAACCUGGUCACCCACAUCCUGGGGCACAAAGGUAUUAAGCCACAUGGGUGCCACCUGUGUGGGAAGCUUAAACAACUCAGCCAUCUGCACACGCACCUGCUCACCCACCAGGGCAUGCGUCCCCAUAAGUGCCAGGUGUGCCACAAAGCCUUCACCCAGACCAGCCACCUGAAAAGACACAUGAUGCAGCACAGUGAUGUGAAGCCAUACAGCUGCAGCGUGUGUGGUCGUGGAUUUGCUUACCCCAGUGAGCUUCGGACUCAUGAGCUGAAGCAUGAGAAAGGUCAGGAGAAUGUGUGUGAGUGUGGUCUGGACUUCCCCACAUUGGCUCAGUUAAAGAGGCACCUGACCGUCCAUCGUGGCCCCACCCUGUACAGGUGCACAGAGUGCCAGAAGACCUUCCAAUACCCGAGUCAGCUUCAGAAUCACAUGAUGAAACAUAAAGAUCAGGCCGUACAUCGCAGCGAGUGUGGGAUGGAGUUCAUCCAGUCGCACCACCUCAAACAGCACACGCUCACUCACAAGGGGGUGAAGGAGCACAAGUGUCGCAUUUGUGGCCGUGAGUUCACGCUGUUGGCUAACAUGAAGCGCCACGUCCUCAUCCACACAAACAUAAGAGCCUACCAGUCCCUGUGCUUCAAGAGCUUCGUGCAGAAACAGACUCUCAAGGCGCACAUGAUCGUCCACUCCGACAUCAAACCCUAUAAAUGCAAGCUUUGUGGGAAGGAGUUUAACAGGAUGCAUAACCUAAUGGGACAUAUGCAUCUCCACUCAGACAGCAAACCCUUCAAAUGUCUUUACUGUCCAAGCAAGUUCACGCUCAAAGGAAACCUCACCAGGCACAUGAAGGUGAAGCAUGGUGUCAUGGACAGAGGCCUGGAUGAAAGACUGUUUAGGCAAAGGGGACGAGUCUGUCUGUCUACACCAAUGGACCUCCUGAGCCACUUCAGCCAGGGAGAACCAUUCGAUCUUUCCCAGAAGCCCCGGCUGCCUGGUCUCCGACUUUCCCAGUCUGAUGGUGAGAGUGUCCCUGGAAGCUCGUGUCAGGAUGAUGAUGAUGACAGUUUUUACAGAAGGAGCCAGUACAGUCCUGAGGUGGAUCAAGAGGAACCGGCAGGCGAGGACCACUAUGAUGCUGAGCCACAGAAACAGGUGUACAGCUCAGAUCAUCAGAUGCACCGUCCGUGUGAGCAGACAUAUGCGUGUGAGUCAGUAGCUGAGCAUGGCUCUCUAGAUCCCUCAGGUGACCAGAUCUACAACCCGUGAAACGAGCCAUAAUUAUGACUCUGAUUCAGAUCAGGAAGAUAAGACUCAUCCUCAGCCAGAACAAAUCAUACAGCAGCUGGAUGUGUCGGCCGUCAGCUGGCUUAAAGCACAGAGGAAAGCAGAGCAGUUCAGAGACAGGUGAGAUAAUGAAUGUCUCACACGCAAGUGAAUUCAUGGAAGUUAUCAGCCCCCAGGACUGGGAUGAAAAGAAUAUGGGAGACGCUGCUGCUGUUUUGACAGGGAAAUGGUGAGGAAGUGAAUGAGACACUCCCUUGGAGGGAGAGAAAAGAGGUAUGUAGGUUUCAUCCAGAGAUCUGAAGGACAGCAUUUCUGCAGGAUGUGAUAGCUUAGUGCAGCAGAAGGGAGAUGUACGUCCCACAUAUAACAGAGA